CUGAGCCACAUUACUGUUUUUCCAAGUUUUAUUCUUUUCAUUUACAUUUUGCAGGCACCUCCAACAAUCCGAUAUAUUCCGAACUUUAUCACCAUUGAAGAAGAGCAAUUAUUCUUAUCUGAAAUCUACGCAGCACCGAAGCCAAAGUGGCAACAGUUAUCUCAUCGAAGGCUGCAAAAUUGGGGUGGUGUUUGGAUUUCUUUUGCGAUCGAUAAACUAAUGUCUCUUGCCGAUACAUUUCAACCUGAAAAUCGGCCUAAUCAUAUUCUAAUUAAUGAGUACCAACCAGGGCAAGGAAUCAUGGCGCAUACUGACGGACCAGCAUUUUAUCCAUUAGUGGCAACUAUUUCUCUUGGUAGUGAUUUGCUUAUUGAUUAUUAUCAUCCAUUGAAUACAGAGGUUACUAUAUCAAAAGGAUCGAGAUAUGUCGGAUCUAUGUUUCUUCAACGCCGUAGUCUUGUUCUCUUAAGCGAUGAAGCAUAUUCCCACUAUUUACAUGGAAUCGAUGAUAGGCUAGUGGAUCAAAUCACUGAUAAAGUUUUUAAUCGAAAUAUAGCUGGCCUCGAACUUGGCAGAGAAAUAAAAAGGGAACUGAGGUAUUCUUGUUUUCAGCUUCGAAAUAUUCAUAGAUUAUCGUCUUUUGAAAUUAUAGUAAAAGAGGUAUUUAAAACUGAGGAUUUUUUUUUCAAUUUCUUAUUUUUUAAAAUAAUUUUUUUUUGUUUUUUGUUUUUAGAUUGUCAUUAA